AUGAUCAAUGAUGCAUCCUCCAAACGAAAAUCUCUUUUAGAAACCUUUUCUUCCCGAACAAAAUUGCAAUUUAAAUCCUCUCAAGUCUUGCUUCCUGAUCAUCAAUCCGAAACCACCACCCAAACAUCCAUUAAAAAAACAAAAGAUGAUGAGGCAUACGAGAGCGAAGAUGAGAUGAGUAGUGAACAGCAACAUUCUCAUAGUAGAUGGGCAGCCCUCGAUAAGCCUUCUUCAUUGACCACUUCGGAACAAGAGGAGGAUGAUGAUCAUCGUACACUGUAUGAACGGCUCAUGGAAAACAAACUUAAAAAACAAAAAGAAAUUGAAGAGAAAAACGCUCCACAAGGACCUAAAUCCUUAGAUGAAGAUGAUGUUCAUUAUUUGAGAGAACAAGAAGAAUUAAUGAAAGAAAAAGAAAGAGAAAUAAAAAAACAAGAGGAAGAAGAAAUUGCAAAAUAUUUGAAAGGUGAAAUGGAUCGUGUUGGAUCUGUAAAUUUAUCUACUGUUCUUCCCGAUGAUAAAGAUGAUGAUAACAUCAAUCUCCAAGAGAAAAGUGUUGGAUUAUCUAAUACAAAUUCUGUACUACCAAUUUCAGAUUUUCAAGUUGUGGAAGUGAAAAAGAGAAAACGAAAUGAUGCUAUCAUUCAUACCAGCAUGACUGUUCCUCAUGAUUCAAAUCAUGCUAAAAAGAAGAAGAAGAAUAACAAAAAGAAUAAUACAAGUAUUGUGAAUGCUAAUUUAUUGGAAUAUGACAGUUCGUAA